GACUCCGUGUUGCCGGAAACGCUACCUGGAAUGGCGAGAAACGAAGAGAAGCAGCUUGGAAAAUUAAAUCGAUUGUGGCUACAGAAAGAAAGAGAGGAGGGUCGCAUUAAAGAUGUCCACGUUUCAAGGCCAAAACUCGCGACGUUAAAUUCAGUGGCAGCCGUGAAGAAAUGGAUUCCAAGCAUUAAGAAGGAGAUAGAGUACUAUCUGCAGCAGUCUCAGUUGUCUCACUACCCGGAGAGAAAGAUCGAUGAGUUCCAUCAGCACAUUGAGGACCUGCAGAGAGAAUACAAACGCUACCUGAAAAAACUGCGCUCCCUGGAUCCCACCUGCAAACACACUCCCUGGGAACCCAGAUCAUACACCAAAAAGAGACAGGAGCCGAUCAACAAUGAAAACAGCUGCAAACGAACAUGCAUCAAUGGACCAAGCACUGUGAGCAGAGCAGAAGAUGAUGUUACUGGAGACACCAACCCAGAAGCAGGAGGAACACAAAAAGCCCUUACAACCUCCCCAUCGACUCUGAUCACCACCCAACCCUCAGAUCCUCCAGACCAGGACCUCCCACUGUGCUUUGAUCAGACCCGGCUGGGGAUAGCGGUGGCUAGUUCGCGGGUGCCUUUGCCAGGGCAGCAGCAGGACACCGGUAGACUGACACGAGUGCUGCUCACAGGUCUGCCCAAUCUUCACAGCCUCCCACUAGCACAGACAGCGGCAGCAGAAAAAACCCAUCAGUCUUCUGAUGCUGAAUCAGCACAGAGGAAAACUGAACACGUACUUGGACUCGGCUGCUAUUCGUCCUCCUCAGACGAAGAGGUUUAAAGCAUACAUAUUUUCAUGUAAAAAUGUUUUCAUGUUCUGUGAAAUACACGGCACUACUGACAAAAUUAGCAUUUGAUAUUCAAAAUGUAAUUUAAAAUGUUUCAGAUUCUGUGCAUGAAAGCGAAACUUGAAACUAAAACAUUUUCAGAUGAAACAUGAAAGCGGUGAAUCAGGUGUGUCACGGUCUGCUCAGUUUGUGUUAACCUAGUUUUAAAUUCAAAUUUGAGCGUCUCGCAAGAGAGGAAAUGUUUGAGGUGUGGUUAGAGUUUUGAAUGGGAAAUGACUGAUUAUUUAAUGCAGUGUCAUACAGUAAAUAAGAGGUAGGAGCAGUUAACCUUAGAUGAAUAAAUAAAUACGUUUUUUUCUCUCGUUCUUUUAAAAAUGUAAAUGAUUAUACAGCUUUAGAUACACAGGAAAAGUUUCAAUAUUUUCAUUAUCUAGCUGUCAAUAAAAAGGCUAGAAUAUUAAUAUGGUCCACUUUCUUUUUUUUUUUACCAGGGUUAAAUGCUGGGUAAAUAUUGGACAGAACACAUUUUGAUUUAAUAAAUAAACCUAUGCAGGGUUGUUUCAACUCAUGGUUGGGUUAACAACAACCCAGCAUAGCUUUAUUUAUAGCCGAACAUGUGUUUUUCCCAUAUUUACCUAGCAUUGGGUUAAACAUUUGGACUCAAAAGUUAUAAAUAAGAACCAUUAAAAACAUUUAGUUAUGUAUAGGUGUUUCAGAGUCUCAACUUUUUUAUAGUUUAAAACUCUAAAGUUUCAGAUUGACAUACAUAUUUGGUAUGUAGGGCAGUAGUUCUCAAAUUGGGGGCCCGCAAGAUGGUGCCGGGUGGGGGCCAGUUUUAUGAGAUUUUAUCAAAUAAAUAAAUUUUUCAUAUUUUUGUGUAAUUAAACCUUAGAAAAAUAAGGCUACUAACCAACAGCAAUAUGUUGUACAAUUUAAUAAGUUAUGUUACAUUCAAAUUUUAUGUCAAACAUUUUCUUUACGGGGACCACAGAGCGAUGCACCACCCACAAAGGGUGGCGCAUGCUGAAAAAGUUUGAACGACUGAUGUAGGGUAAAUGUAUUAAUGCACUUACCACAAUACCCUGCUAAAAAUGACUGUCUGCGACCGUUUAAAACCUUAAAUUUUGCAGAGAUGCUGAGUCAGAGAGAGAGAGAGCGCGAUAGUUGUCUUUGCAUACAAAACGAUAUACAAUUUUUCCAAUAGUUUGGUAAGAGAACUGGGGCUCCGCUGCUGCCCACGUUUCGACCCCAAAACCCCUCAUGACUCGAUAUCAACGACAAAAACUGCUUAGCAGGCACCUCUUCUGGGAAACUGAGCAAGAGCUGACUGUUGUUACCAGGCAACAGUGGUGGAUGAGAUGUGUAAGCGUGUGUCACUUCUAGCACCUUUGGCUGCAUUUGCUCACACAAUAGACAGGGUUUCCCAUACCUGUGAAGAGAUAGGCAAGGAAACCUGUCAUCAGAUGCAACCAAAGACGUCACCAUGACAAUAAGGCAAAUAUUUCCCUUGAGGCAUUCAGAAUAAAAGUUUUUUGGUUUUGUACUCAUCAAUGAACUCAACAACAAUGUAAUGACUUAAAUGCUUUGUUUGCGGUAUCUUUCUUUAAAUUUUCCCACAAUGGUCCACUAAUGAUUGAGCCUAGCGUGAGUUUCAUCUGACUAGUCAUUACCAGCUUGAUCUCACAUAUUUUACGAGUUGGCUAAAUUUUAUAAGUUAGUAUGACAUUAAGGGCUCAUUACAGUUCUGCAUAGGUCAGUGGUCAGUGGUCUCAAACAUGGUGCCCUCCAAAGCACAUUCUAUGAAAAGUCUCUAUUGUAAUAUUUAUUUAUUACAGAUUUUUAUAUUAGCUUGGUUUAUUUAUGUAUGUUAACAUUUUAAACAACGAUAAAACAUAUCAACAAGUAAAAUUAAAUAAGUAAACCAAAAAUGUUUUGAGUAUAUCAAAAAGUAUCCCUCCAGAUGCUUAUGAAGAAAUGCGAGACAGUUUUUUUAUUUGACUGUAAGGAAUCUAGUAGUGGACCAAUCACAGCGCUUGCAGUCCGCGUAGAAUGGACGCGUUGUUAAAAUUGUGUGAGGUGCACAUCAGGCUACACGGAGAUGCGCAUGAUCUAUCACGUAGCUAUGAUGUAGAACCCACAUAUGACUAUAAAUUUCACUUUAAUCGCGCAAAACGUACAAUUAUCAUUAAAGAACAAUAACGGAACCCCACCCAUAACCACGAAUGUCAAAGGGGUCAAGGCAACUCGUACAAAAAUGUACGAAUAUGGUUGUACAAAUUUAUGCGAAUUAGCCACCUAGUAAAAGACGUACGAAUUUCCAUGAGAUAGCGUUGUCAUUACAAUAUACGUAAAGUUUAUUUUCUAAGUAAUUGUUAUAAUGUAUGUACAUUUAAGUAAACCUGUUUACUUAACCUGUUACUUUAUUAUCAUUAGAAUAACGUUUUGGACAGGAAUCAGACAUGGAAACAAAUUUUAACACAAAAUAUAUGCAUAAUCGUUAGCAAUUACUGGCAUUCAUGCAAGCACGUACACUAUAAAUUUUUGUUUUUAGCUGCAUCAUUGCUCCAGACGUUGGAUGCUAAGACAUCAGAGAAAUCACAACUUGGCCAACUCUUGCUUUUGCUCACGAUUGCACUGCGAGUUUCUGUUGUCGGGGCGUUUAUAAAAUGAUAGGCUGCAUGUGUAACGCAAGAGAAACAUACUGGGAAAAAUGACUGAUAUGGGAAAUAGAUAUGCAGAUAUGUUCCUAUAGCUCAAGUGGUAAAAAAAAUUAAUUCUGGAUUUAAUUCCCAGGAAAUUAAAUACUAAUAAAAUGCAUACCUCGGGUGAGUUAAAUAAAAUGCAUAAACUGUAUUUAAACAUAUUGCGCAUUUAUCACAAUCCACUUAAAUUCUUUGUGAUCAGUUGCAUGUCCAUUAAUGAUUUCAGGUUGCAGAUUAAAGAGAACGAACAGUGGGUUUAUAAAAGCGAGGGCAAGCCACUAACCAAAAAAGCAGACUUUUCCAGGAACGCCUGCCGUCUGAUGACAUAUGAGAGGGUAUUGCUGUAGGGUGAGGGGGUUAAGGUAAUGCCUUUUCCUGCCUCGCUUGGUUUUAACCACAUUCCUCACCUCACUCUCACAGCCUUUGUCAUUCUCAUGCAGACCCUGAGAAUGCAGGGUGCAGGACCGAGAUCGCAUGCACACACGCAUACACUUUGACAGACUGUUUCAUGUGGCAACUUCUGUUCUUUAGUGGUAUUUACUGAAACUAUUUUCUGCUGCAUCACUGUUUAUAAACACUUGACUGAAACGCUUUCAAGUAGGAACAUAACAUCCAUGGGACAGUUUUGCAUUAAAUGUUUUACGUAUGAUUAUUAUUGAACCUGAUUGGUUAAGACUUGGCAUGUGUUUGGUUUAAUUUGGUUGCGGUCGAGCUUCAUCUGAGACAUAGGUUUUUUUUUACAUUUAGCAGCUUUUUAUACAAAGCAAGCAUCCGAUAGAAUAGAAAUACUGUACAGUCAGCAGAUAUCUAAUAAGGCCCAAAUAGGUUUAAGGGUAUAUUAACCCUAUCCUGUUCAGUUAGCAAAAAUGAUGCACUAUACAUUUGCUGCGUUUGAGGAUGUGGCUUUGAUACUAAACCAAAUAAUAGACGUCCCCAAGCCGGAUCUGCACUGUAUACGUCCCAGAGCUGCUGACUCUGGCGCUGUCUGGGAAAGUUGUGUUUUUUCACUUCCGAAAUACUUUUAUCCAAAGCAACUUACGACGCAUUCAAGUUGCGUGUGUUUCCUGGAAAUCAAACCUAUAACCUUUGUGCUAGUGAUGCAAUGCUCUAGCACAGUGGUUCUCAAACUUUUUCCACGUGCGGCCCCCCUUGUGUAUGGUGCACUUCUUCGUGCCCCCCCCCCAAAGAAAAUUUAGGACAAAAAACUAUUCUAAAAUUUUACAUUUUAAUCAAACCAAACAUAUUAAGUUAUACAAAGUAGUGCUGUUGGCUAGUAGCCUUAUUUUUCUAGGUUUAAUUACAUAGAAUGCAUGCUAAAUGAAUGUAUUUUAUAAAAUGUCAUAAAACUGGUUUGAGAACCACUGCUCUAGCAGUUGAGCUACAGGAAGUUACCUGUUUGAAACUAACUAAAUCUGUUAACUUUCUAUUCUAGUCAAAACUGGCAGCUUCUGGACUGCAGACAGGAUGCCGGUGGUCUUUUAUAAAAGAGGCUGUGGCCCUUCUGAAGAACUUUUAGUAGGUCACAUGCGAUUUGUCGCCUCAUAUGCAGAUGAUACACCGCACUGACCUCUGAAAGGUUUUUUGUACUGUACUAAUGGAUGGCUUAUUAGAUAAAGGUUCAACUGUUCUGAACAGAACAAACCAGGGCAGGUUUUAUCCUAGUCCCAGACUACAAUGCAUGCUUUAGCUGCGUUAAUUUAAAGACAAAGUUUUGAAUGAAAAUAAAUAUGUUUUAUAAUGCCAGGCUCCAAAAAGGAAAAUGGCACCAAACAAUGCCCAAUAAUAGUGAGGGCAUCAUAGGUGUAAAGUGGAUAAAGGUGCUCUAGGGUUUAAUUCACAAAGGCACUCUUUUCAUGAAAAUUCCUUUAUUUUUUCAUUGCUACAUGUAAAAUUU